AUGAUUAUCUACACGGACAUCAUCACCGGCGACGAGAUCAUCUCCGACUCGUACGACCUCAAGGAGGUCGACGGUGUCGUGUACGAGGUCGACUGCGCUAUGAUCACCGAGAACGCCGUCCAGGUUGACACUGGCGCCAACGCUUCCGCUGAGGAGGCUGAGGAGGCCCUUGAGGACACCGCGGUCAAGGUCAACAACGUGAUCAACUCGUUCCGCCUCCAGUCAACCUCGUUCGACAAGAAGACCUACCUGACCUACCUGAAGGGUUACAUGAAGUCGGUCAAGAAGGCGCUUCAGGACGCCGGCAAGUCAGAGGAUGAGGUCAAGGACUUCGAGACCAAGGCCGGUGCCUUCGCCAAGAAGAUUGUUGGCAACUUCAAGAACUGGGAGUUCUACACCGGCGAGUCCCAGAACCCCGAUGGCAUGGUGGUUCUCCUCGACUACCGCGAGGAUGGGACUACUCCUUAUAUCGUUGCCUGGAAGCACGGUCUCAAGGAGACGAAGGUGUAA